AUGACUGCGAGAGAACUGGAAUUAAAAUCCAGCUGGAGAGGAUUGUGGAGGAGGGGAAGAGAGAGGAAGAAGGGGAGGGAGAGAAGAGUUAAGGUAGUACUUGAGCGCAAGUGCAGUGCAAGUGCAGUGCAAGUCACCGUCUGUCUGUCUGUCUGUCUCAGGCUGUCUGUCACUCUGUCGGGAGGGAGGGGGAAACCCGACGAGGGCCUCAGGCUCUGCUCCUCCCGCACUUGGAUGGUUCCGGGCAAGGGCAACCAACCAACCCACAGACCCAAUCCAAAUCUUCUGAUCUCACGACUCAAAGAUGUGUUCGCCUCUCCCAAAAUACCGUUGGGUGAUGACGAAUUCGAUCGGGGAGAGUGCUUGGAGUGCCUGUCAAAAAGGGUCGAUCGGGUGGCAGCAAAUGGAAGCGCACCACGAAGGCGCAGACCAUGCAAGAAGAAGUGA